AUGAGCGCCAUCGCUUUGGAUAUGUUCCACCCAGAGGCAGGCUGGGACGACUUCUAUCCCCUCAACUCCCGCUUCCUCUCCAGCAGCCCUCCUUACGCUUCGCAUCGAAGCCAUCACCGCGAGGAUUCAGAGGAUGACGCAAGGCUAAAGCCCUCUCGCACAGUCCCCCGCCGCCGCCGCCGCAAGCCCUCUCGUCGUCAUCGAACGCCCAAGCGAGCCGGAUUCAACGAUCUGCCAGGCGAUGUGCUACACAUCCUAGCCCGCUAUCUCGAUACUCCCUCUCGCCUGUGCCUUUCUCUUGUCAAUAGAGAAUGUUACUACUUCUUCUUCGCAAACGGUGUGGGGUGCACCUUGCCACAUCAGCGAGAAAGGCUGCUCAUCAUGCACGAGCGUGAUCGCCAUGCAAAGCAGCACUACUAUUGCUUCCCAUGUUCCAAGCUGCAUCCCCUCACGUCAGAGUGCGCCCCGUCGCCGAAACUCGCGGACAAUAAGGUCCUUAAAUGCGAUGGUGAUGACUACUUCUGUCCCAUGCGAAACCAAUACCCUCUCUCGUGGACACACGCUCGACUCGUCAUGAACGCCCAUAUUUACGGCCCAAACUUUGGCCUACCCUUGUCGAGUAUUUGCCAACCGUAUACCGUUGCAUGCGGUCCUUCCACAUUGCUCUGCGAAACCGAAGCUAAGAUACGCGAUCUGCGCUUAUUGCUGCGACGAACAUAUACCUUUACAGUCCCUUACGAGCGGAUGGAGCAGUUCCAGGAGGCGCUGGUUCGAAACAAGUUCCGUCUGUGCUCUCAUACAAAGCUCAUCACGCCACCGCCAGAGCGCCAGUCAAACCAUCGCCAUGAAGAAUCAGUUACUCUGCACAAGCGAGAGCCCUCGUGGUAUCACUUUCGCGCGAUGAUUUACAACGAACAAGUCGAGGGGUCGUGCGAAAUGUGUGCCACGGACUACACUUGCCGGGCAAUACCUUGCACGGAUGCGCAGGGCCGAGCAGCGUGGAAGAUCAUCGCCUAUGUUUACCACAUGCUUGGGUCCUGCCGCUCGCCAGAUGCAUGGAAGUGGUCGCGCUUUGCAGAGCGUCCUAGCCGUGGUACCCGCGAGAGCCGCCUGAUUAGGAAAUCGACGUCCAUGAAGAACGGCGAUGUAUUGGAUGAAUGGUUCGCUGAUGAGCCUGGAGGUGACAAAUACAAACCGGUUACGAAGGAAACGACGGAUGAAAAGCCGCAGAAAAAGUCGAAACGCCACUCAAGAAGCAGGCAUCGCAAGAGAAUGACGGAAGAGAAAGACGACAGCAAGGAUAAUGCGGAAUACUUGAGGGGCAUGGAUAACAUCCCACUGCGCGAGCGUCCGCGCAGGCGAUACAAGUACGAAAAGUUUGCAGAGUCGGACUGGAAACCGUCAGAUCCCAAUGUGCAGUGCUUCUUGUUCCUCUGCGUCAUCGCCUUGUAUAUAUUGAUCAUCCAUCACAUCUACAUGUUCUUUGGGUUCCAUAGCGACGGGAUGAAUGAGGUUGUUCAUCCGCACAACGAGACAUUCUGGAUGGAACACGUGUUGCAGCACCCAAGGGAGGAACUCUAG